CGUUGUUCGUUGUCGCGUUGUUGCUGCACGGCACACAAGGCCCGCCUCCCUCCCCACAGCAACAACAGACAGGUCAGGUAAAGGGAAAGAAAGAACGCUCUACUCAGAAACGAUGAAGAUCUUCCAGGCCUUGAUUCUCGGCAUGGCUCUUGUGGCCGGCACCGUGAGUGCCGAUGGCGACGUGACUGAUGUGACUCACCGUGUGUACUUCGACAUCAGCAUUGCUGGACAGGAGGCUGGCCGCAUAACGAUGGGACUGUUCGGUAACGCCGUACCCAAGACUGUCGAGAACUUCAGGCAACUGUGUACCGGGGAGGCCGGGCCCGGGAAGGUCUACCGAAAGCCGCUGCACUACAAGGGCUCUGCUUUCCACCGCGUCAUCCCGCAGUUCAUGCUCCAGGGCGGCGACUUCACCCACGGAACUGGUACGGGUGGCGAGUCCAUCUACGGCGGAAAGUUUGAAGACGAGGCCUUUCCCCCUGAGCUGGUCCACGACAAGCCUGGAGUUCUGUCGAUGGCCAACUCGGGUAAGGACACGAACGGGUCGCAGUUCUUCAUCUGCACCGUGCCUACUCCGUGGUUGAACGGCAAGCACGUCAUCUUCGGACAGGUGGAGGAAGAGAGCAUGGAACUCGUGUCAAGAAUCGAGAAGCUCGGCAGCCGAAGCGGAGCUCUCUCGGAAAAGGUGGAGAUUACCGAGUCCGGAGAGCUCCAGUAGAAGAGCAGAGCAGAGCAUCGCGCAGUACCGUGUGCGCGAACGCUAAUGUGAUGUUUCACGGGAAAGGCGGGGCAAUUUCAGUGCUGGAGCGUUAGGUCACGGUUUAAUUGGCUGGCCGCCGUUACCUCAAUAUGUCCAGCUGUUCAGGGAGGUAUUACUGAAGUGGUAUCAGGUGUCCAGUGGAGUUGGAAUGUUCGGGGUUGCUGCUCUCCACGUUCAGCAACAUGCGAUUUCAGGACGCGAUUCCAGGAUUAGGGUACGAUUACUACAGGCGGUCCUGCUGUUUGUGUAACAGUGACAAGUGUGAGUUCAUGUUUGUGGUUUUGAUGCCAACGUGUUGCGAACAGCAUCAGCCUCUGGGUGUGCUGUUACUGCGGCGUAUCGUAUGAUGAGUGUUGGGGUAACCACAAUCUAGUUGUAGUGACACGUUCGACCCUCUUUGGGUAGACAUACCGACCGGGUGUGAUGUGGUGCCCAAACACUCACCACGAACGACUUUGGCCACCCAAAGACGCAGGAAACUUUUGUGAAAAAAAAACAAUCGUUUCUACUACGAAGUCGCUGAUGUCAAACCGCCAGUGCCGUGAAAGACACACAAUCAGUCACCCGAUGUCGAAAAGGGACCCCUCGUCAAGUCAACCCCACAACGGCGCAUGGCAAUUAUGCCAUUCCGGGCCUUGCACACCUACCCUGUGUCCUUCCUUCCUUGAUGCCCCCGGCACAACAAGGUUAGACAUACAACGCAGGUGGUGUGUCCGAAACCAUCCCAACGUGUGUCCAUCUUCCAGCUACGUGAUGUCCAUACCCCCCCCCCCCCCCCCCCCCCC